UAGUGGUAAAGCAAGAUCGAGCGACAGAGAAAGAGGGAUAUUUUGUGAAGCUGUCUGGUGAUGAUUUCUCCCGUUUAUUUCUUAUGGACGCGUAACUCCACCCUGAUCUCUGUCGUGGAGCCAUAAAUGAAUGAAUGGAGCAUGUUUUCGCCUCGGCGCAACCCCCCAGCCCUGCAGUGUUCCCUAUGGCGAGGCGUGUUCUCAGAGAUCUGACGGGUUUCCACUGGCUGCAGAGAAACACUUAGGAUCUGUCGGAGAUGGCCUGAUAUUAUGGCAAUUUGGAAGGAGGACGUUCGUGUUGGUUAGUACAGUUGCCAUUACGUAAACAAGAUGCUUGUUUAUAUGUCUAAAAUACAAAAACGUUUCAUUUAUAUUUAUUCAUAUUUUCACAAUGCAUAUCAUUUUAAAGCAGCUUUAUAUAGUAGAAAGUGCAAAUGUUUGUUACAAAAAAUGGAAGGUCUGUAGAGGUGAUUAAACAUAAAACGGACAUUCACGGUAAAUGUUAAUGCAUUCAUUCCUCUGUAUUCAAUCUAUUCCCCACGAAUAGGAAUUUAUUCUCAUUCUCAUAUGCAUGCUGCAGAGAAAGAUAUUUACAUUUAUAAAUGUCCUUUUACUGUCAUUGUAUUUAUGUAAAGACAUAAAGAUCACUUAUGAGAUUGUAUGAAAUCCAUUUAUAAUAACCUAUAGUAACUUUCAUCGUUUGUGUUAAGCAUCAUUGCGUUAACGUCACACAGACAUCUUUUACUUCUUAAAGGGGUAGUUCACCCACAAUAUCGAACACAAAUUAUUUUGAGAAAUGUUUCAGCAGUUUUGUGUCCGUACAAUAGAAGUCAAUGGGGGUCAAUGUUGUUUGGUUACCAACAUUCUUCAAAAUAUCUUCUUUUGUGUUCUGCAGAAGAAAGAAAGUCAUACUGGUAUGAACUGACAUGUGUGUGAAAAAAGGAUGAAAGAAUUUUCAUUUUGGGCGACCUAUCACUUUAACUGUCAUGUAAACAAUGUCACAAUAUUAAAGGUCUGAAAAAAGGCUUAUUUAAGCAAAUCAUAUUCUCAUUUCCUUCAUUUGAUUUGUGGUUGUAUUGUGACUUUCAAACUUUUCUCUUGGGCAGUUACUUCUCAAAACAAUCCUCACGGUUAGAAAAGACACCAGAAGCAGCCGCACAAUGAGCCAUAGAUACCACAACAACCAGAUAAUUAUAGAUUUUACAAUAGACAAUUACAAUAACAGAUCUAAUUCUGCGUCACAAAAAAAUCUGUCCUGCAUAUAAUAGGUUUAUUGUUAACUAACUACGGCAUGUGUUUGAAGUCUUCUCCUCUUCUCAGGUCUUGUUGCCUAGAAACCUUGAUGACACCCCCCUCGUGCGAUUGUUGCCGCUCCGCCUGGUUUCACGUGUGCACAAACAAACCAAACUCGUAUCCAGUCGUAUUGAAUCAGUAAUUUAUGAAGAAGGAAUGAUUUCCAUCCUCUUCCUGUGACAUCACUCAUUGCUCCUUUAUUCCAGUGCUUUGCUGGUCCACAGAGAUAAAGCAAGGACUCGGCUGCUAUGGGGAUACUGCCGUCUGCACUAUACCAUGUGGUUGUGUGCAACUUUGCAUGUGUCUGUGGGCAGAAAAAAGUAACAGAUCCAACAAUGACGCAAGGUUUCGCCUCUUGACCUUGUGUAACCUGCAGAUCAUUAUGAUACUUGCCCAUGGCCGACAGAGACGGCCAACGAUUCAUUCGUCUUUUUAAAAGACAUGACCUGGCGAACUGGACGGAGAUCAUUUACAUGGUUGCACUGAGAGCGACAUGAGAGUAAAACCAGGUAUUUCUCUUUUGUGUGUCUUUUUAUGAAGAUUUGGGCUUGGAGGCGAGUCAGGCGACGCUGUUGUAAUACACUGAUGUUGAAAGCGGGAUGUUGGGAAGCCACUUGUUGUAAGAAUGUUGCUUUACAGAAGUUCUUUAAAAGUUUGUGGUUUUUCAUGAUUGGGUGAAAUACAGUUUUUCGAGCAAGCGGUCAAAUGGAGGAAGAAAGCAUCCACCUCCAUGUAGACAUUGAGGUCAUUUAAUCUUGAUGUGGACGCUCGGCAUAGUUGAAUCACUCAUCCGGUAAUUUCCAUAAUUUCAAUUCACUUAUGCAGAUUCAAGAGGCGAAUACAAUUUCAUCUUCACCUCUAACAAGUAAAGGUUCCGACAAACAUGAAAAACAACCUUUCAACCAGAAGCCAAAGAAAAAGAUGUAAAUCUGAAUUUCGUCUGGAGUUAUUUGGCCUUAGUUAUAGGUUAUUUGGCCUUUUUUAGACCAUACUGAUAGGUCAAAUGUCAAUAUUUGGUGGUUUAAAUGUCGAUGUGAGGUCCCUCUUAAAGUUCUUAAUGCUUUUUGUGUGUUUUCAAAGCAUAGUUUUCUAUAGUCAUGUACAGUAAGUGAAGUGUCGGUUCAUAUUCCUCAUAAAUCACACAUGAAAAUUAAAAUAAAGUAGAAAACUCAUGCACAGACUGAUAUUUUUCUGAUGUCUGUACUCUGUCAUGAGGGGUUUAGUCAAAUAUAAACAGAUCAGUUCAAUAUAUUAGUCAUAAAUACAUUUUCUGAAAAUGUAUAAUUCAAGUAUUGACUGAAAAUGUCACAUUCAUAACUCUGAAAUUGCCCAUUUACAAAAAGGAACAUGCUGUGAAAUAUGUCCCGCCGCCAGCUUCCUGUUUCAACAGGAGAUACAUCAACACAGGGCACACAACUUCCCUCAUCCAGCCGUUUCAUGGGUCAUAAAGUUUAUUGACAUUCCUUGUACAUUUAUUUACUUGGCAGACGCUGGUUUCCAAUGCAGUUCAUUUUUUUUCAGUAUGUGUAGCCUACUUCUGAGAAUUCAAUCAAUGAUUUUGGUUUUGCUUGUGUCAGUUGACAUUGUUGACUUUUUAUUUCUGAAAGCAUAUGAAAGGCCUAGGUGAUUUUAAGCGUUAUUUCACAUUUGACCAAAUGUGUGAACAGGAGUGUACAGUAAACUCAUCUGGUGGAUGUGUUGGUGUGGAAUCCGCUCAAUUAUUAAUGGUUGAAGACAGUUGUAUCACCUGUUCUAAAGAAGGAAACAAUUCUCAUGUUUCACAAAGCUAUAGCAUGCAAACAACCAAUACAUGCCCGUUCAGAAAUGAUUUACCAAGUUGUUCUGGUUCUGUGGUUACCAACAUUUAGGGAGAAAAGUUAUUUUCCAGUUCGCUAAGCUGCAGAAUGGGCUGGAAUGUAAAAGUAUUUCCUUGAAGUUGCGUUAAAGGAAACUGUUUUUCAACAAGUUUUUCACAAAACUUGAUGGGAAGUUGUGGGUGGUUACCGGUGCGUUGCUAUGCAGAGGUGCUCUCAGUGGUUUUUUAAGUGCUCUGUGUGGUUGCUAGGGUGUUCUGUUGGUUGCUAGGGGGUUGCUUACUGGUGAUAUGUGAUAUUGCAAUAUGGAUUAACGCCUCUUGUUUUAUCAUAGUUGUGCAAUAGUGCUAAGCCUGCAUUUUUAUGACUUAUUAUUUCAAAACAUGGAUAUUCUGUGAGACAUACAUAGUUCAUCUCUUCCAUCUGUGAAUGUGAACUUUAGCAGUAUGUUAGGAAAGUCUGGAUUGUACAAUGCGACUUCAACAAAACACCCAACCUCUUUGUUCACGCUAUGAAAUGAUGUGAAAUGUGAACCUCAGCAUUAUAUAUACUGGACCUGAGCCCAGAUCUCCAAAUUUCCAUCGAUCCAGGUACAUUACCUUGCGAUGAUUAAUGUUUCGCAUCACCACAAUGUUUUCCGCAACACGAGGAACGUCUGCCAUGUUGUGCAGUAGAUGAAGGUCCACCGUCUUGCAAGUUCACAGAGUUCAUUUGUUGAGUCACUUACUAGUUUAAAUAGUUUGUGCUAGAUUCAGUCUCAAGAUGCAGUUUGAGAUGUUGGAGGUGUCCCUGACCCACAUGUGAAAGACAACUCGCAAAGGAGACCUUUGUAUAUCUAGCUUGUUCUAGACGGCAAUCAAAUUGAAUGUUAGUGCAAAUAAAAGCGCAAGUAGAGAAGUCUCAUGCUUCUCAGAUGUGUGCUCAGAUUUUGUUAUCCACAUACUUUCUAUGGUUCUGUAUUCUUAGUGUCUCAUUUGGAUAUUUUUUGAAAAUUGCACCGAUACUAAAUUUCUCCAAGACAUACCGAUAGCUGGUUAUUCAGCUUGAUAUCUGCCGAGACCGAUUCUGAAGAUUAAUAUUUCUUAACCUUUUGUAUGUUAUUAAUUCAUUUAAUGACUAUUAAUAUUAAACAUCAAACUGGUGAUGUUUCUUAAAAUUUUCAGGAUAAAGAGCACAAAUUCAUUGCAUUGAUACUUAAAGGAAAAGUUCACCCAAAUAUGAAAAUUCUUUUAUAAUUUACUCACCCUCAUUUCAUAUCUAGAUGUAUAUUACUUUAUUUCUGUGGUUAAAUAAUUAAAACAAAGUCAUGUUGUCUUCUUAAACAAGCAGAUUGGAAUGCUUAAUUCAAAUAUGGCGUGACAGCAUGUCAAUAAUUUCAAAUCUUAUUGGUUCUUGUGUGUCUUGUGACUUGCUAUAGAUGGUUUAUUGGACACACGCACCUGGCCCGAAGUUAACUUCCGGUCUGUGUUUUGGUUAUAAUAUAGCAAUUUAUUUGAUAUUUAAUUUAUAUUAAUCUUUUAUUAUAUAUUAUUUGUAUUAAAUGAAAUUAAAACUUUCUAAUUGAACCAGAAGUUAAGUUUGGGCCACGUAACAUUUGUUUAUCCUGUUGCUGCUAAAAUGUCUAUAUGUGUGUUUCGUCACAAGACAAGUGAGAACCAAUGAAAUUUAAUGUCAACACUCUAAAAACAUUUUGUAUUACUAAUCGUUCUCGUUGCUUAAUCGUUCCACUCCAUGCCGAUCCAUGCCAGCCGGUACGUAAAUGAUUUCAUUUUCCACCACAGGGCUGAUAACGGAAAUCUUUAGAAUGGAAACACAAACGCGUCACGUGCUGCCUUGGUAACACAAGAGACUGAGCUAUAACGCCUAUGCACGCAUUCUAUUAGCAUAAUUCCGAGCCAAGAACAGUUUGUAAUCGUGAACCAGGCUCACGUGAAAACAUAACUGUAACCGUUUCAGACUGUGCUUAGAACGGUUCGGCGCGAUGGUGGAAAAGCGCUCAUAAUGUGUGUUAAAAAACAUGUAAUGUGCUACAAUUCCAUAAUCCUUUUUGAGAGUGAAUGUGAUGAAAUAUUUGAAUUUAACGCUUGGAUUUGCUUGUUUUAAUGAUUAAAUAUUAAUAAUUUUCUCUUACAAAUGUAUUGUUCGUCUUCGGAAGAAAUUUUUUUACCCCAUUGGAGUGCUUUUCAGAGCUUCAUCUUUAUGAACUUUAUGAAUAUUUUAAAGUUUUGUGAACCGGAAAUUGCGAUCGUUUUUACUUGGAAUUUCGAAUGAGAAAAAUAGUGGAUGUGGCUUACGUUUUUCACAGCGAUUUGAUUGGAUGUAUAAAAAUGGCCGUUGCAUUUUGAGAUGGAACUGGCAGCAGACUGACAGUCGAAGGGGAGGAGUUAACGGAUGCUCCGCCCAAGCCGUCUAACAUAGAGUACCUCAUUUAAGAUGGGUAGUCACUACAGGGCGGAAGUGCAUUUUCAGAUUUUAACUGAAGAUUAUGAGGGCACAUGAAUUUAAAAAAAGAGAAUGACCCACAUUGAUACACUAUUUACAAUCAACUCUGCAAUAUUUAAUGGCACAAUAAGCAUUGUAAUUUUUAAUUUCACUGGGACUUUAAUCGCUGUAUUAGAAGACAACAUGAUGGCCUUUUAAUAGAGAAAAAAUGUUCAUCUUCAACUAAAGAAAUCAUAUACAUCCGGGAUUUCAUGAGGGUGAGUAAAUUAUGAGAGAAUUUCUACUAUUACUUUUCCUUAUGAGGGAAAACUAUUCCUUUAAAUUAAAUAUAAUGAAAUUAAACUAUGAAUAAUUAUAAAUAAAUAUAGAGUACGAUAAAAUAUUCCUUUAGGCUUUUACAAAAGCAACAGUGAUGUCUUUCUUUAUUAUGCUCCACAGUGAAGUAGUACACGAUUAGGCUUAACACGUGUUAAGUGUAGGCAACGUCUGCCACAUUCCCCAACAAUCCGACGUACUUGGUAGCUGCCCAAGAGAAAGCACGCUUCGCCAGAUUUGUAGUUAUUUUGGUGCGAAUCAUACGAUAUUCUUCUCAUGAAUGUAGUGACCGACUAACUGUAUUUGUGUGCCGCUCAAAGAAUGACAUUGCAAACAGGCAAUGGCGCUGCGAUGGCUAUGGAUGUUAGUGCCAUGGAGAGGAGGUUGGAACCCACACUCAAAAGGACCUGGACAAGAAGAGGAACGGCAUGUUCGAGCCAAUGAUCGGGAGUACAAUGAGCGAUUCAGUUAUGCUGACAAUCGCAUCAAGACAGCAAAAUACAACGCCUUUACCUUUUUGCCUACCAACCUGUUCGAGCAAUUCCAGCGUGUCGCGAAUGCCUACUUCCUGAUACUACUGAUAUUACAGUUAAUUCCAGAAAUCUCCUCUCUGUCCUGGUUCACCACCAUUGUGCCUUUGGUGAUGGUUCUGGCUAUCACAGCUGUCAAAGAUGCUACUGACGACUAUUUCCGCCAUAAAAGUGACCAACAAGUCAAUACCCGGCAGUCUCAGGUACUCAUCAAAGGAACGUUACAGAAUGAAAAAUGGAUGAAUGUAAGAGUGGGGGAUAUCAUCAAACUUGAGAACAAUCAGUUUGUUGCUGCUGACCUCCUCCUUCUCUCUAGCAGUGAGCCCUAUGGACUGUGCUAUAUCGAGACCGCCGAGCUUGACGGGGAGACCAACCUGAAGGUGCGUCAAGCCUUGACUGUAACCUCAGACCUCGCGAACGAUGUGGCCAGGCUGGCAGACUUUAAUGCGGAAGUCAUAUGCGAACCUCCCAACAAUAAACUGGACAAGUUCACAGGAACGCUGUACUGGAAAGAUAAUAAGUACUCGCUGGACAAUGAGAAAAUGCUCUUGAGAGGCUGUGUGCUCCGUAACACUGAGUGGUGUUUCGGAUUGGUUAUCUUCGCAGGGCUCCAAACCAAGCUGAUGCAAAACUGUGGAAGUACAAAGUUCAAGAGGACCAGUAUCGAUAGGCUGAUGAACACACUAGUGCUGUGGAUCUUUGGAUUCCUCAUCUGUAUGGGGAUCAUCUUGGCCAUUGGAAACACCAUUUGGGAGCAGAGAGUGGGCAGCGAAUUCUGGGCGUAUCUUCAGUGGAAUAAAUUUACAAGCAAUGCAAUCUUCUCUGGCUUCCUGACCUUCUGGUCUUACGUUAUCAUCCUCAACACUGUUGUACCCAUCUCGCUGUACGUCAGUGUUGAAGUUUUGCGGCUGGGUCAUAGUUACUUUAUAAACUGGGACAGACGAAUGUACUACAGUCAUAAAGACACCCCUGCCGAGGCUCGGACCACCACCCUGAAUGAGGAACUGGGUCAGGUGGAGUUCAUCUUCUCGGACAAAACAGGAACCCUGACUCAGAACAUCAUGGUGUUUAAUAAGUGCUCCAUCAAUGGGAAGACCUAUGGUGAUGUUUAUGAUGAAUUUGGACAUAAAGUAGACAUUACAGAGAAAACACCAUGUGUGGAUUUCUCCUUCAAUCCACUGAGGGACCGGAAAUUUCGUUUCCAUGACAGCAGUUUGGUCGAGGCCAUCAAACUGGAAGAGCCUCUGGUGCAGGAAUUCUUCCGUCUAUUAGCGCUCUGCCACACUGUCAUGCCAGAAGAGAGAAAUGAGGGUGAGCUGGUAUAUCAAGCACAAUCUCCAGACGAAGGAGCUCUGGUCACCGCGGCACGAAACUUCGGCUUUGUGUUCCGGUCCAGAACUCCAGAAACCAUCACUGUUUAUGAGAUGGGUCAGCCGGUUACCUACCAGCUCUUGGCCAUCUUAGACUUCAAUAAUGUCCGUAAGAGAAUGAGCGUUAUUGUGAGAACCCCAAAGGGGCAGCUAAAGCUUUACUCAAAAGGAGCCGACACAAUACUCUUCGACAGGCUGGACCCGUCCAAUGACGAGCUUAUGUAUACUACCUCAGAGCACCUUAAUGAGUUCGCCGGGGAGGGUCUGAGAACGUUAGCGCUGGCGUACAAAGACCUGGAUGAGGACGUGUUUGAUGAAUGGAUGAAGCAGCUCCUGUUUGCCAGCACCUCGCUGGAUAACAGAGAAGAAAAACUCGGGGUCCUGUAUGAAGAAAUCGAGCAGGGGCUGAUGCUCCUUGGUGCUACAGCCAUAGAGGACAAACUACAGGAGGGCGUUCCAGAGACUAUUGCCUGUUUGACCCUGGCCAACAUCAAGAUCUGGGUGCUAACCGGAGACAAACUAGAGACGGCGAUGAACAUCGGCUACUCUUGCAACAUGCUGAGAGACGACAUGAAUGAGGUGUUCAUAAUCUCAGGUCACACCACGCUUGAGGUCCAGCGGGAGCUCAGGGCCGCUAAAGAGAGUAUCAUGGGACCCAGCAGAGAGAUAUUCAGCGAUGGUCCUGACACAGAGAAGACAGAUAUAUACUCAAGUGACUCUGUCUUUGAAGAAACCAUCAUUUCAGAAUAUGCUUUAAUUAUCAAUGGACACAGUUUGGCUCAUGCCCUGGAGGCAGACCUGGAGCAGAUUCUGGUAGACGUGGCGUGUCUGUGUAAGACUGUGAUCUGCUGUCGAGUCACUCCACUGCAGAAAGCUCUGGUGGUUGAGCUCAUAAAGAGACACAAGAGAGCCGUCACACUCGCGAUCGGUGAUGGAGCUAAUGACGUCAGUAUGAUCAAGACGGCUCACAUCGGCGUGGGCAUCAGCGGACAGGAGGGCAUGCAGGCGGUGUUAUCCUCCGAUUACUCCUUCGCCCAGUUCCGCUACCUGCAGCGCCUCCUGCUGGUCCACGGCCGCUGGUCUUACCACCGCAUGUGCAACUUCCUCUGCUACUUCUUUUACAAGAACUUUGCCUUCACGCUGGUACAUUUCUGGUACGGAUUUCAAUGUGGAUUCUCCGCCCAGACUGUGUACGAUCAAUGGUUCAUCACACUUUUCAACAUAGUCUACACCUCACUUCCUGUGCUGUCCAUGGGCUUAUUUGACCAGGAUGUAAACGAGCAGUACAGUUUACGCUAUCCAAACCUGUACAGACCGGGUCAGCUCAACCAGCUUUUCAACAAGAGAAAGUUCUUCACGUGUACACUGCACGGCAUCUGCACCUCUUUCAUUCUUUUCUUCAUACCGUACGGAGCCUUCAUAUCCGCCGUACGCGACGACGGUACCCAAAUAUCUGAUCAGCAAGCGUUCGCGGUCACCAUAGCAACCUCUCUGGUUAUUGUGGUCAGUGUCCAGAUCGGGCUUGACACAAACUACUGGACGGCUGUGAACCAUUUCUUCAUUUGGGGCAGUCUCGCUGUUUACUUUGCAAUACUUUUUGCAAUGCAAAGCGAUGGCCUUUUCAACAUAUUCCCAAACCAGUUCACUUUUAUAGGCACGGCACGUAACUCUCUGGAUCAGAAGAUCGUUUGGCUGGUUAUCUUCCUCACCACUGUGGUGUGUAUAAUGCCCAUGGUGGCCGUCCGAUUCAUCAAGACUGAUUGCUAUCCCACACAGACUGAUAAGGUGCGCUUGCUUCAGCAGGCCACCAGGAGGCAGGGUCCUCAAGAGCAGAACCUCAGGAGAGUCCGCAGGACAAGUUCUCGACGCUCGGCGUACGCUUUCGCCCACCAGCAGGGAUACGGAGAACUCAUCACUUCUGGCAAGAACAUGAAGGUAACCACAUCAUCUACAUCCACCUACCCCCUGUCAUCUCCUGAAAGAUGCCCCGGCACCAGAGGGGCCCCGGAUGAGACCACCACAGAGGCAGAGACCAACAACACUGGAUUUAAGAGGGAAUUUGACCAAAAUCAAGAUGUGACGGUGGAAGAUUUGGAGGCCAGAUGAAGAACCGUACUUGAAGAUCAAGCGAACGUUCAUGGGUUGUUUCCUUUCUUAAAGAAAGAGACACUUAGGAACCGUCUGACUCCUAUAUGUCCUUAAUGUGAGAAUUUGAUCAUUUGGGAUUUCUAAAGAUGCCCCUGGGCUCUACAGGACUAUGGAGACAGGAGACUCCAAAGAGCCAGCAUAAUGAAGCACAGAUAACACUAAUUCCCUCCAUCUCAUGCAAAUGUGUUCCCGUCUGAUAACGCGCCUGUCCCUUUUAACACAUCAUUGAAUGUGAAAAUGAACUUCAGUUCAAUUCAAUUUCGUCUUCUAUCUUCUAGCACAGAAGUGCUGUGCAAUGUUUCCUCAGAAGACGCCAUUUUGUCGUUUUUUUAGUUUUAAUAACGUCCUUUAAUGGAUCAAAUGCAUUGCGAAGUCAGUGCAUACAAUUUAACUGUACGCACAAAUUCACAUAAGAAUGGCAACCACCAAAUCCAAUUUAUUCGCUAGUUUUAUAAACUAUUAAAAUAUCAGGGAGCAAAGAUGUACAAGUUUGAAAAAUAUUACCUCUUAGUUUGUUAUAAACAGCGAUACAGCCAUCUGCAUUGAUGCAUUGCACUGAAAUGUUUUGACUUGUGCACAAUGUGGAUAUUUUGAAAAAUCUAUACACAGUUUACUCAAAAGCACUUGAAUGCAGUGCAUCACGGUGAUGAUUUCAGAGACGAGUUGUAACAAAUAGGAAUGUGCAAUAACAUUGCCACAGACGAUAUGCAUUGGCUGUAAAUCUUACGUUUGCAUCAUAUGCAACAGCACUAAAGCAAGCCGACUUCUAGCUCUCUUUUGCCAAUAACACUGAUGGUAAAAUUAUUUAAAAAUGCCAACUUUUUUAAAAGGAAACACGGUAAAAACAUUCCACACCGUAGUCAGCGUCCGCUUUGCAUGCAGCUGAAUGAAUUGAUGAGAUUGCGAGUAUAGAGAAGCGUUUGGACCGAGUUAACCGUGAGAGGAUACAUAGCUGUGCCUUCCAUCAAGCGAUAGACUGAAGCAUUUACUCCGUUACAUCUAUAUAAUUCCACACAUAUGUACUAUAAAGGUCUAUAAAGUGGGCAUUUCCUUCACGUGAUCCUUUGUGGAAAGGAUUUUUUGUGCCUUUUUUGUUGUCCUCGUAUCAAAAGAAGUCAUUUCAGGUGUUUAUUUUGGGUAGAACGUGUCACCAUUGCCUUUUUUCUUAACGUUUUAUGACAUUGCAAAACUGAGGCAUACUGUAGGCUAUGAUAUGUUUGGGUUAUUGCCUCCGUCUGUUGGGAUAUUUUGCUGCAAAAUCAUAAAGAUGAUAUUUUCCAUUUGAAAUGUUAGGGUGGUAUCGUGCAACAUUUCCUUUUUAUGAAUGUACAGCGGACACAUUAAUUUAUGUUAUGUUACAUAUACAUGACGAAUGUAUGCUGUUUUUCUGCUGUGCUAUUUUGUCAACGAAGACCAUGCAAAUUGUUUGUUGUUUUUUCAUUUAAAUGCAUGGAUUUUUAUAUAAGCAAUUGUAAUUUUUAUAAGAUACGCAUUAAAUGGCCAUUGUUUAAUUUAUUUAA